CUGCCGUGUUGCGCGGGCUGCUGGGCCCGGCGGCGGUGUUGGCGCGGCCGCGGCGGUCUCCACGGGCGUGCUGGGGCGGUGGGCUCGCGCUGGCAUGAGCGCGUGGCGCCCGGCCGCGGAGCGGAGUCAUGGCCAGUACAGUGGUAGCGGUUGGACUAACCAUUGCUGCUGCAGGAUUUGCAGGCCGUUAUGUUUUACAAGCCAUGAAGCAUGUGGAGCCUCAAGUGAAACAAGUUUUCCAAAGCCUACCAAAAUCUGCCUUCAGUGGUGGGUACUAUAGAGGUGGGUUUGAACCCAAAAUGACAAAACGGGAGGCAGCAUUAAUACUAGGUGUAAGCCCUACUGCCAAUAAAGGAAAGAUCAGGGAUGCUCAUCGACGGAUCAUGCUCUUAAACCACCCAGACAAGGGAGGAUCUCCUUAUAUAGCAGCCAAAAUCAAUGAAGCUAAAGACUUACUGGAAGGUCAAGCUAAAAAAUAAGUGUGAUUAGUCAGUGUAUGAGUAUGAUUUUAUAAUAAAAUACCUCAUAGCUA